GGCUGUUCCACAGGAUGAGACGUGAAGGCUGCCGACCAAACGCAUCAACGUACGUCGCGGCGCUGAAAGCUUGCAGCAACAGUAUUCCUUCGAGUCUAGGCUUUGGGAGCGAAGUCAAGGCUCUGAUCUACCGUGGAGGCUUUGAGGAAGAUGGAGAUUUGGCUGGAUCCCUGGUUGACUUUCACGGCAAAGCGGGAGACAUGGUUUCCGCUCGCCAGGUAUUUGACUCGCUACCGGGAGAUGGUGACGAGGCCUGGAGUGCGCUGAUCACCGGAUACGGCAGGCAAGGGGACGCAAGCCAAGCGCUGACGCUGUUUCACGAGAUGCUGCAGGGAAGAAGUUCUUCCACGAAAUGCCAUCCAGAUACGGCAUCGUCCCCGAAGUGGAACACUUCCACUGCGUUGUCGAUCUUCUCAGCAGAGCUAACCAGCGGGUUCAAGGUAUGACGAAGCGCUGGAACUUUGAAGCUUACGAAGUAACUUGGACUACCAUUGCAGGCGGAGUGGAAUCCAGGAGUGGAGACGCUACGCUUGUCACGAAGCAAGAAUGGGCGUCGUGAUGCGUGAAAGCUCUCCCGUUUCGUUUCAUGUCUCCCAGUCUGCAGAGUCUCAAAUUCUGCUAAAAAUGCUUUUUUUUUUUUUUUUCUUCAGCAUCUUCUAAACAACAAAAAUGUGAAAAA